AUGAUCCAGAGACAUUCAUUUUGUUUGGUUCUGAAUGUGAGAAUUUUGGUAAAGUUUCGAAUAAUAAUAUUGCAAAACCAAGUGCGUUCCUUGCAUACUUUUACCUAAAAUUUCCAGGGUCUCUCUGCCAAAAACGAUGCUGGAGUGUCUUCUUAUCUUGACCACGUCAAAGAGAUUGCUGACCGAAUGGUUCAGUAUCAGAAUUACUUCAAAGAGUUUGUCAAGUACUCGGCCCGAGCCCACGGAUCUUCGAAGAGCAUCCAAAAGGCAUUGGAACUGGUUACUACCAUUCCACAAAGAGUACAAGAUCUGGAGUUUACACACAAUCUGAAGCAACAUCCAGGAGACGUCGGAAAGUUGGGACGGAUCAUCAGACAUGUACACGUUGGUCUCUGAGAAGUCAACUGAAAUGAGGUGUUGCAGGAUGCAUUCCAAGUGUGGGAAGGAGACGAAGAACCCAAGUUGCGGUACGUGUUCCUGUUCCGGAACAAGAUGAUGUUCACGGAACAGGACAGCUCGACGACUCCUCCGAGCUACACGCAUUACUCGUCGAUCCGAUUGGACAAGUACAAUGUUCGACAGCAUUCGGCCGACGAGGACACCAUCGUGCUGCAACCGCAGGAGCCGGGACUGCCGAGUUUCAGAAUCAAACCGAAAGACUUUGAGACUGCCGAAUAUGUGAGAAAAGCCUGGCUGAAGGACAUUGCCGAAGAGCAGGAGAACUACGGUGAGGGGGGAUGUUCCGGAAGGGAUUCAGGGUAGGAUGCACUUUGAAAAGUCCCUGAGAACUGCGGUUUCUCUCUUUUUUGCAACAAACAAGACACGUAAAUAUUCGACGAGCUCGGGACUGACUGGCUGUUCGGAUGGGCUGAGUGAGCACACUUUGGCAUUUAGUCGGAUGGGGAGCGAGAGGGGAAAGGGAUGAUAAAACACUUGUGAUGAGAAGGAGAAGGGGGAGCAAGAAGGAGGUCUGCGAGCAAUUCAAACAAAUGUUUCAAACUCCCCCGCGAUCAGACCGGGCGAGAAAGGGAUACGGAAGGAGGAAAUGAGGUCAAAUUGGGAAAAGUAUGGGAGCUUAGAUAGAAAUUCAUAUAAAAUGGAUUUAGGAACUAGGAAGUAGGAAGUCGGAAUAUUUCAGCUAGACGUCAGCAUGUACUCUUGCUUUUUGUUCCUGUCGUGUUUCCUCUUUUCAAUGUUCGGCAACAGCAUCAAGCGAACAUCACAACAGGCGUCUCCUGCCCCGUCUUUUUCUUUCUCUCUCUCUCUCUCUCCAAUCAAAUCAAUUGGGACCACUGUCCUGUUGCCAAAGGGACACGGACGGACACGCAGACGCACAAAAAGCGCAAAAAGCUGCUCGUGGUGGCGGGGAUCCCGAGAGUCGUCGCAUCUGCCACACACUCUCACUCACCGUGUGUAAUCGCCCACCGGUGCGUGCUGCGUCUCUCCGAUCGGCGUCCUCUAUUCUACUUGGCCAGCAGGAGCCGCUAUCAGUGGAAGAAGCAAGGCUUUAGCCCAAGCGGUUGCCGGCUAUACACCACAUACUCUCGUCUCGGGCACACACACACGCAAAGGACGAGAUACACACAGAAAUCUUCUUCUUCUUCUUCUUUUCCAUCUUUCGAACCUCUCUGCUACCAUUCCAUUCCACCCUCGAACCCAUCCAGUUUCCCCCAUAGAUAGUCAGCCAAGUGUUGCUCUUGGCAUCGUGCCAACAUGGUGCUCAAGACACUCUACAUCAUAGAGUUGACCGAAACCGAGGAGGGAGGUCUCGAGCUCGUCGAUCCAUCAUGGUGUAAGUUUUUUCUGAAACCAUUUCCGAUUUUGUAGCUGCCGAACGGGAGGCGGUCUCGCAGACGGCCACGUCGGAGAUGACCGCCUCGUCGGUCGACUUCGACGUGAACGUGUCGGACCAGCAGUCCGAGUUCUCGGAAUGGUCCGGUUCGCGGAAGAGCAGCUUGUUCCCCGGUUUGGACGUGUUUUUGUGUCUACAUGUUGUAACACUAUUAUUUUGGAGCACUAACGACUAGUUUCGCUCAAAGUGUAACUUGUCUUGAAACAGGUGUCGUUUGAUGACACGUCAUAAAAGAAAUGUGAAAAAAGUGCCACGUCAUAGUUUCUUGUUGUAGCAGUGUGAUCUGAAAAGUGUUCAUGAAUGUGGAAUUAGAUGGAAAUCUGGAAAUACAUCGAAUUACUUUCAGGUCCGGAAGAAGGAGGUCCGCCGCGGAAGAAGGUGAAAUCACCGCCAGUUAUUUCACCGACCGGCUCAUCCACCAGUAUCUAUUCUGGUGGAAGUAGCAGCAUUGAUUGGAGUGAGUCAUCAGAAAUCUCAGGAAUUAUCGGAAGUUUCGCAAUUUCAGCCACCACCGGAACCACGCUUGAAAUGCAAGGAACACGAGUGACCCGAACACAGUACGGAUUCCGAACACUUCAAGAAUCCUCGGCCAAAAUGUGCCUGAAAGUGACCGGAUACCCACUUCCGGACAUCACUUGGUACAAAGACGACGUCCUGUUGCACGAAGAUGAGCGGCACACCUUCUAUUCGGAUGAGGACGGCUUCUUCGCCAUGACCAUUGAUCCUGUUCAAGUGAGUAUUUCAUUCUUCUGCACUUGCAAAGUGUUCUCUUUUGUUCUAGGUGUCUGACACUGGACGGUACACUUGCAUGGCCACGAAUGAGUACGGUCAAGCAUCCACGUCCGCGUUCUUCCGAGUAAUGAAGGUUGAGAAGGAGGCCGCUCCGCCGGCGUUCGUCACCAAACUCAGAGACAAAGAGUGCAAAGAAGGAGACAUCAUCGAUUUCGAAUGCGAAGUCGAAGGUUGGCCGGAGCCGGAGCUUGUCUGGCUUGUCGAUGACCAACCUCUCCGACCGUCGCACGAUUUCCGCCUACAGUACGACGGACAAACGGCGAAGCUGGAGAUUCGUGAUGCUCAGCCGGACGACACUGGAGUCUACACCGUCAAGAUUCAGAACGAGUUCGGAACGACUGAGAGCAAAGCUGAGCUCUUUGUGCAAGCCGAUCCGGAUAAGAACCACGUGGCACCAGAGUUCCAAGCGACAAUUGAAGACGUGGAAUGCGAUGAGGGAGAGGAAGUUAGAUUCAAAUCAGUGAUCACUGGAGAUCCGAACCCAGAAAUCACUUGGUUCAUAAAUGGAAAGCCGCUCAGCGAGUCCGAGAAAGUCAAGUUCAUUUCGGAAGACGGCAUCUGCAUUUUGACGAUCAAGGACGUGACGAGGCACUUCGACGGACUGGUCACUUGCCAAGGAUCCAACAGAUUGGGAUCCGCGUCUUGCGAUGGCCGACUCAAGGUCAGAGUUCCACCUGCCCCGCCAACUUUCAACAAACCUUUGGAGGACAAGACUGUGCAGGAAAAGAACACAGUGAGUUGAUUUAAUUUCUUGUGAAGAUCCUGAAGAUCCUCGUUUCAGGUGGUCUUUGAAGUCGACGUCAGCGGAUGGCCAGAGCCAACACUCACGUUCACACUUGCUGGAAAAGAAGUGAGUUUUCCGUUUGCAUCCAUGAAAUAUUCUUUUCUCUCAGUUGAAACACGGCGAAGAAGGCGUUGAAAUCGUAGGGCACGACGGUUUCUAUCGCAUCUCGAUCGCCAACACUUCGAUCGAAAAGCACGACGGCGAAAUUGUGGCCAAGGCUCAGAACGAGCACGGAACCGCGGAGAGCAGGGCACGGCUCACCGUGGAGCAGGAAGAGGAGGAGUCGCGCAGUGCGCCCACUUUCCUCAAGGACAUCGAGGAUCAGGUGAGUGUUUUUUUUUCGAGUCAUGUUCCCAGUUGAUGUCCGUGUUCGAACCCCACGCAUUCACAUUUUGAUCCCUCGGUUUUUUGCGGGUUCCGUCUGGUAAACAAAAUGCAUCUCUCUUCUCUCCGCUCUCAUUGUGGAGGUGGAUGGCAUCCAGAAUGCCACCUUCCGUGGUCUCUCCGUCUCGGCGCCGUCUCUCUGAUUAGAUCACUCUCUCACCGUUUCGGGACCCACUCGCUGAUCAGUGUAACAUCAUGAACGAAAGAGUGCCGACGGGUGUAGGAGACGCCGACAUCCAAUCAUAUCAUCAGGAAACGGUGGACCUAUAGAGAAUUUUCACACGCUUUUCUUUUUUUUUCUGUCGGAAUCUCUCUGCGGGAAAACACCUGAUCAUCUGUUUCGAUUUUGAAAUUCUAUCGUUUCCGAAAUCUUUUCUAUGGCUCUCUCUCUUGUUUUUUUUCAUUAGAAACUCGAGAUCUACCGCUACUUUAAGCAUCCUAAAUCUGAAGUGACCAUUCUGGGAAUGUGUACUUUUGUCACAGAAACAUUCGAAUUUGGUCAUUAGAAACUAGAUCCAGUCUUAUUUUUUACUCGCAAAACAGUUGCUCCGGCUCUUUUCUCUUCUUCCCGCCGGCUGCUCCUUGAGCUCUCCCCCGCUUUUCCGACGGCGGUUUGAAGACAUUUUUCGAGUUAUUGAUUUGUUUUCACUCAAUUUCAAUCGCGGUGAUUUUUCCUGGGUGUCGUGCGGAGGCCGGCCGUCCACGAAGGCUCAGAUGCAGUGUUGCAGGGACUUUAGGUGCGUGCCGUCGGAGAAAUCCUGGUUCAUCUUAUUCAUUGACAUAGUGAAUGCGUUCAUUAUGAUCAAAACUAACAAAGAGCAACAAGAAACUCGCAAAAGUGUCUAUAAGUCACUGGAAAAAUAACUUUUUUCGAAAAAUGGCUGCUCGUGCGUGCUUUUUGUGUCUCUUUUGACACUGACUUCUAGACAUUUCUGCGAAUUUCUCGUUGCUGAUUACGAGUUUCAAUCAUAAUGAACUCAUUCCUAAAAAAUUAGGGAAAAUGAAUCAGUAUUCUUCUAACAGCACGCAUCAGAAGUUGCCGCCGACAGUUCACGGGACGAGGGCCGAACUUUCUUCCUCUUUCCACUGCGCCCCCCAGAAAAAAUCACCGUGUCAAUGUGAAAGAGUUUCUAGAUAGAUUAGAAUUCGUAAUAGUGCCUAAUACAAAAUGAUUUCCCGUGCUCUUCCUCGACUUUCCAACUUUCGAAUAUUCCAUUUUCAGACCGUAAAAACCGGCGAAUUUGCCGUCUUCGAGACCACCGUUCGCGGAAAUCCGAACCCGGAGGUCACUUGGUUCAUCAACGGGCACAAGAUGGAUCAGGGCAGUCCGGGCGUCAAGAUCGAGGCGCACAAUCACGAUCACAAGCUGACCAUCGACUCGGCACAGUACGCGGGCACCGUACUCUGCAGGUAUGCCAUCUCUCUCAUAAUCAUGCAUGGACCAUCAUAUUUCUGACAUUUUUAGAGCUGAAAAUGUAGUGGGUCGAUUCGAAACGAAGGCCCGACUCGUUGUGUUGGCCCCGGAGAAACAAAAGAAGCCACCAAAGUUUGUCGAGAUACUCGUCGACAAAUCGGAGACCGUCGACAGCACCGUCGUCUUCGAAGUGCGCGUCGAAGGAGAACCGAAGCCGACGGUGACGUGGUUCUUGCGAGGAGAAGAGCUGAAACAGUCGGAUCGCGUCGAAAUCAGAGAAUUCGACGGAUCCAUCAAGUUGCAAAUCAGGAACAUCAAAUUGGAAGAAGCCGGAGAGAUCAAGGCGGUGGCCACGAACUCGGAAGGAUCUGAUGAGACCAAGGCUACGUUGACGGUCCAAAAGAAGCCGUUCGCGCCAGAAUUCGAUCUGAGACCGAAGAGUUUGACUGUGGAAAAGGGCGCCGCGGCGGUGUUCACUGCGCAUGCGUUCGGCAUUCCGUUGCCCACCUACGAAUGGUCCAUCAACGGAAGAAAGGUCAGUUCUCGUUUCGAUCCAAGUAUUAAAGAAGACAAGAAUAUUCUCAAACUAAAAGCAAUGCCUUUCAGGUGCGCGAUGGACAAGAAGGGGCGCGCGUGUCGCGAGACGAGAGCACCGUCGACGGCGCAUCGAUCCUGACGAUCGACACGGCGACAUAUUAUUCCGAAGUGAACCAUCUGACUAUUUCUGUUGUCGCAGAAAACACACUCGGAGCAGAAGAGACGGGCGCCCAGCUGACGGUCGAACCGAAGAAGGUUGGUGAAAGGGAUCGGUAGAUGAGGUGGGAUAGGAUCGGAUGACCUGACCGAGUACAGAGGGAGCUACUUUGGAAAAGGCUUUGAAAGCUAUUUCAACCCACAAAAGUAGCUUCAACUGUAAACGGACAGGUCAUAUUCAGGUGAUUCUAGAAUUGAGAAUUUCAUUUUUCUUUUUGAGUUAUUUUUCUGCCGUGGUGAUGUGGAUUUGAUUGAAGGAAACUGGAGAAUUCUUGUUCAAAUGUUUAUAAACCAGCUCGUAACUCAAGAAUGACAGAUUUUGAAAUGAUACUAUCAAUUACAAAUUAUUCCACACAAAAUUUGCAACGCCUUUUCAGUUGACCACUUUAAAAAAUGAUUGUAGUAUUUCGAGUUAUAGGUGUUUUUAGAGGGGGUCUUUACAGUUUACAACUUUUGAGAAAGAGGCAUCUCGAAGUUUGCAUAGAAUUCCAAAAAGUACAGUGACUUAAUUUUGGCAUGGCAUUUUCGGUAAACUCUAGGAUAUUUCGCUCAAAAUUUCAAAGAAUUUUCAUCCGAACCUUAGAAACAUUCCUGUACUCUCACCAAAAAACACCAAAAUUCAAAUUCACGUCCAAGAUGCCCAAUGUUUCCCUUCAAUCGAUCAACAUCGCAUUCGUUGCCUUGCCGUUUUCAUUUCUAUUUGCAUGAAUUCAGAAGAGCGUCAUCGAUGAGAAGGAUUCCAUCUCGAAGACGUCGACCGUCACUUCCGAAGAGACGGUGUAUUCUGGCCAGCAGGUAGGCCUUUCAAAUGGAUGCAUGCCCGCUUGCCGUGCCCUUUCCGUUCUUUCCCAGAUAUUCCAGACCAAAAAUUAAACAAACUUCUCAUAGAAAUCUUGAAAAUACUCUAUUAAAUUUGUCAAACUUUCCAUUUCAUCUUAGCACGAUUCACAAUCAACCACUUCUUUUCUAAAUACUUCUCGAUCUUAACCUUAGACUGAGAUGCUUGUUCAGAACACAAUCUUUUCAAAGUUUUGUAAAUUGUCUGAACGUCUUCGGAACAAGCAACUCGGAUAGAAUUCUAACCGGAGAAAUAACUAGGAUCAAUCAAAUACCUAUUGUCAUUCAAGGUGAAAGAGGCUUCUCCUGUGGAAGCUACCACGAUCACAAUGGAAACUUCGUUGACGUCGACAAAAACGACGACGAUGUCCACAACGGAAAUCAGUUCGACGGUCGGCGGAGUGACGGUCGAGACGAAGGAAUCCGCCGGAAAUGCCGAGGGAAUCAUCAGUGUGAGCAAGAUCGAGGUGGUCUCGAAGACGGAAUCUCAAACUGAUAUACGGGAGGGAACUCCGAAGAGAAGAGUCUCGUUUGCCGAGGAGGAAUUGCCCAAAGAAGUGAUUGAUUUGGAAAAGAAAAAGAAGAAGAGUCCGAGCCCGGAGAAGGCCGGAGAGAAGGAGAAGAGCCCAGAGAAGCCGACGUCACCUGUGAAAAAGGAGAAGUCGCCCGAGAAGGCAGCUGAAGAAGAGGUGAAGUCGCCAACCAAAGAGAAAACUCCAACGUCUCCGACUAAGAAAACCGAAAGAGAAGAGGACAAGGUUCCAACCAAGAAGGAGAAGAGUCCGGAGAAGGCAGAAGAGAAGCCGACGUCACCUGUGAAGAAGGAGAAGUCGCCCGAGAAGGCAGCUGGAGAAGAGGUGAAGUCGCCAACCAAGGAGAAGACUCCAACGUCUCCGACUAAGAAAACCGAAAGAGAAGAGGACAAGGCUCCAACCAAGAAGGAGAAGAGUCCGGAGAAGGCAGAAGAGAAGCCGACGUCACCUGUGAAGAAGGAGAAGUCGCCCGAGAAGGCAGCUGGAGAAGAGGUGAAGUCGCCAACCAAGGAGAAGACUCCAACGUCUCCGACUAAGAAAACCGAAAGAGAAGAGGACAAGGCUCCAACCAAGAAGGAGAAGAGUCCGGAGAAGGCAGAAGAGAAGCCGACGUCACCUGUGAAGAAGGAGAAGUCGCCCGAGAAGGCAGCUGGAGAAGAGGUGAAGUCGCCAACCAAGGAGAAGACUCCAACGUCUCCGACUAAGAAAACCGAAAGAGAAGAGGACAAGGCUCCAACCAAGAAGGAGAAGAGUCCGGAGAAGGCAGAAGAGAAGCCGACGUCACCUGUGAAGAAGGAGAAGUCGCCCGAGAAGGCAGCUGGAGAAGAGGUGAAGUCGCCAACCAAGGAGAAGACUCCAACGUCUCCGACUAAGAAAACCGAAAGAGAAGAGGACAAGGCUCCAACCAAGAAGGAGAAGAGUCCGGAGAAGGCAGAAGAGAAGCCGACGUCACCUGUGAAGAAGGAGAAGUCGCCCGAGAAGGCAGCUGGAGAAGAGGUGAAGUCGCCAACCAAAGAGAAGACUCCAACGUCUCCGACUAAGAAAACCGAAAGAGAAGAGGACAAGGCUAAAACCAAGAAGGAGAAGAGUCCGGAGAAGGCAGAAGAAAAGCCGACGUCACCUGUGAAGAAGGAGAAGUCGCCCGAGAAGGCAGCUGGAGAAGAGGUGAAGUCGCCAACCAAAGAGAAGACUCCAACGUCUCCUACUAAGAAAACCGAAAGAGAAGACGACAAGGUUCCCACCAAGAAGGAGAAGAGUCCGGAGAAGGCAGAAGAGAAGCCGACGUCACCUGUGAAGAAAGAGAAAUCUCCAGAAAAGGCCGCGGAGAAACCAACGUCUCCGAUUAAGAAGACUGAUGGAGAGGAGGUGAAAUCUCCAACCAAGAAGGAGAAGAGCCCAGAGAAAAUUGACGAGAAACCGAAGAGUCAGACUAAGAAGGAGAAGUCACCAGUGAAGUCUCCUACGAAGAAGGAAAAGAGUCCUGAGAAACCGACGUCUCCUGUCAAAAAGGAAAAGUCUCCAGAAGUCCAAGACUCGUCCAAGAACGUCGUUGAAGUGGCAUCUGAUACAAUCAUUGAGAAGACCGAACUCACCUCGACAACGUCUUCUGAAGUGACGUCAUUGAAGAAGACGUCUCCGCCUGGCUCGCCAAAAAAGAAAAAGUCCAAGUCUCCAGAGGCUGAGAAGGUAAUGUUUGGUAGGAAUAAAAACGUGAGAGACUGACAGUGAUUUUGAACAAACUUAUACUUACUUGGAAAGAAGUGGUUAGAUUUGAUCGUGCUGAGAAAAUGUUGAAAAAAAACAAUCAAUUUCGCAAUGAGAAAGUAUUUAAAAAAAAACGUUUGAGCCACAAAACUCUGAAAACUGCGCUCUGCUGCAAAUCCACGAUAAAGUAUGGUCGCGGCCACGAAUUUUUUAAAGUUAGCACCAAAUUCACGUGGAGUGCAAUAAAGCGUAAUUUCCAGAAUUGAUAUGUAUUUAGAUUGGGCAAAACUCAUCGUAGGCUGAAAAAAAAACAUUCAUUAGUGCCGUAAUAUUUUUACAAUCACUCUCUAUUGCCAUGUGAAAUUAGUGUGAAUUUCAAAAACUUUCACUUGAGAUUGAGCACGGUUGUCCGUGAUUUGCGGCUCAAAUAAACUGGUCAAAACUUGAUUUAAAGUUCUGGAAUGUUUGGAAAUGCCGGAAUCUUUGUUGUGCUCUGGCAACGUUUUUUGAGAGUUGACGUUGAAAUUUGUUCUCUUGAUGGGGUGUUUUUUGAUAAUAUUUAGAAAAACAUUUCAAAAAACUUAACGAAAGUCUCUUUUUCGAUAAGGAAUACUGUUUAGAGAAAGACUUGAAUUAAAGAAAUGUAACUGAAUAGGCACCUGAAUUGAAAAUUCAAAAAAAGUUGAGUUCUUUUCACUUCAAUAAUUUCUCACGUAUUUCAGCAACCAGCACCCAAACUGACCCGUGAUCUCAAGUCACAGACGGUCAGCAAAACCGAUUUGGCUCACUUCGAAGUGGUCGUGGAGCACGCGACCGAGUGCAAAUGGUUCCUGGACGGAAAGGAUAUCACUUCCGCCCAGGGGGUCACCGUUUCGAAGGACGAUCAGUUCGAGUUCCGCUGCUCCAUCGACACGACCGUGUUCGGAAGCGGGACUGUUUCGGUCGUCGCUUCAAACAUUUCCGGAUCCGUGGAAACCAAGACGGAACUGAAGGUUCUGGAGACACCGAAGGAAACGAAAAAGCCAGAAUUCACAGAUAAGCUCCGUGAUAUCGAGGUCACAAAGGGAGAUACUGUGCAGGUAUGAAUAGGCCAAUGCUCCCAUCGUUACUAUUCUUGUUCAGAUGGAUGUCAUCGCACUGCACUCCCCACAAUACAAAUGGUAUCUGAAUGGAAACCCUCUGGAAGACGGAAAGAACGGAGUGAGCAUCAAGAACGAGGAGAACAAGUCCUCUCUGAUCAUUCCGAACACUCAAGACUCCGGAAAGGUGACUGUGGAGGCGUCGAACGAGGUCGGAACAUCUGAAUCCUCGGCUAAAUUGACUGUCAACUCACCAGCCACCACUCCAAUUGUGGUCGACGGACCGAAAUCCGUGACCAUCAAAGAAACGGAAACAGCCGAGUUCAAGGCAACCAUCACAGGAUUCCCGGCACCCACUGUCAAGUGGACAAUCAACGAAAAGGUGGUGGAAGAGUCGACGACAGUCACGACCAUCAAGACGGAAGACGUCUACACGUUGAAGAUCAGCAGUGCGAAGGUCGAGCAAUCCGGAACUGUCAAGGUCACUGCACAGAACUCUGCCGGACUGGACAGCAAGCAGGCUGACCUGAAAGUGGAACCGAACGUGGUUGCACCGAAGUUCAAAUCCCAGCUCACGGACAGGAACGUCGAUGAAGGAGAGCCGCUCCGAUGGAACCUUGAGUUGGACGGACCAUUCCAAGGAACGGAAGUCACGUGGUCGCUCAACGGAAAACCAUUGACGAAGAGUGACACUGUGCAAGUGGUUGAUCACGGAGACGGAACAUACCACGUCACGAUCGCGGAGGCGCAAGCAGAGAUGACCGGAACACUGACGGUGAAAGCGAAGAACGCGGCCGGAGAGGCCGAAUCGUCUGCGAAGGUCAAUGUGAACGGAGCCAACAAGAAGCCAGAGUUCGUCCAGGCGCCGCAGAAUCACGAGACGACGCUAGAGGAGAGUGUCAAGUUCAGCGCCAUCGUCACCGGAAAACCAAUGCCAAAUGUGACGUGGUUUUUGAACGAGAAGAAGCUGAUUCAGAGUGAGGAAGUGAAGGUGAAGUACGUGCACGAGACCGGAAAAACUUCCAUUCGCAUCCACAAACCAGUGAUGGAACACAACGGAACGAUCAGGGUGGAGGCUGUAAAUGUGGCUGGAAAAGUGGAAGCGAUUGCCCAAUUGAAGGUCGACAAGAAAACCGAAGUGCCAAAGUUCACGACGAACAUGGACGAUCGGCAGGUGAAGGAGGGAGACAAUGUGAAGUUCACUGCCAACGUCGAAGGAUACCCGGAGCCAAGUGUCGCCUGGACUCUGAACGGAGAGCCGGUCGCCAAGCACGCGAACAUCACAGUCACCGAUAAAGACGGAGAGCACACCAUCGAGAUCGCCGCCGUGACUCCGGAACAAGCCGGAGAGCUGUCGUGUGAGGCCACGAAUGCAGUUGGACACAAGAAGAGAGAUGUCCAAUUGGCAGUCAAGAAGGUCGGCGAUGCCCCGACGUUCGCCAAGAACCUCGAGGAUCGGCUGAUCACUGAAGGAGAGUUGACUCUGAUGGACGCCAAACUGAAUAUUGUCAAGCCGAAGCCGAAGAUCACUUGGCUGAAAGACGGAGUUGAGAUCAAAUCGGACGAUCACUACAAGCUCGUGGAAGAAGAGGACGGCUCUCUUCAGCUGAGAAUCUUGACUACCAAGUUGGAAGACAAAGGAAGAAUCACACUCAAAGCCGAGAGCGAGUUCGGAGUGGCCGAGUGCUCCGCUUCUCUCGGAGUUGUCAAAGGACGUCCGAUGGCCAAGCCCGCAUUCCAGAGUGACAUUGCUCCGCUCAACCUCACCGAGGGAGAUACUCUCGAGUGCAAACUGCUCAUCACAGGAGAUCCGACUCCGUUCGUCAAGUGGUACAUCAACGGACAACUCGUCUGUGCCACCGAAGACACUGAGAUAUCGAACGCCAACGGAGUGUACACGAUGAAGAUCCACGGAGUGACUGCCGAUAUGACUGGAAAGAUCAAGUGCGUCGCCUACAACAAGGCCGGAGAAGUGAGCACGGAAGGACCGCUCAAGGUCGUCGCUCCGAUUCCAGUCGAAUUCGAAACCUCUUUGUGCGACGCCACGUGCAGAGAAGGAGACACACUCAAAUUGAAGGCCGUUUUGCUCGGAGAGCCGGAACCAGUCGUCUCGUGGUACGUGAACGGAAAGAAGUUGGAGGAGUCGCAGAAUAUCAAGAUCCACUCAGAGAAGGGAACUUACACGGUCACCAUCAAGGACAUCACUUGCGACUAUUCCGGACAAGUCGUUUGCGAGGCAAUCAAUGAGUACGGAAAAGCCACUUCUGAGGCCACACUGCUCGUUUUGCCACGUGGAGAGCCGCCAGACUUCUUGGAAUGGCUCAGCAACGUGCGUGCUCGCACCGGGACGAAGGUCGUGCACAAGGUCGUGUUCACUGGAGAUCCGAAGCCAAGCCUCACUUGGUACAUCAACAACAAGGAGAUCCUCAACUCGGAUCUUUACACCAUUGUCACUGAUGAUAAGACCUCCACGCUGACGAUCAACAGCUUCAACCCCGAUGUUCACGUCGGAGAGAUCAUCUGCAAAGCAGAGAACGACGCGGGAGAAGUGUCGUGCACUGCGAACAUGAUCACCUACACUUCCGACAUGUUCAGUGAGUCCGAGAGUGAAGCUCAAGCCGAGGAGUUUGUCGGCGAUGACCUUACUGAAGACGAGAGUCUGCGUGAGGAAAUGCACCGCACUCCGACCCCAGUUAUGGCUCCGAAGUUCAUCACGAAAAUCAAGGACACGAAGGCCAAGAAGGGACACUCUGCCGUCUUCGAAUGUGUCGUUCCGGAUACGAAGGGAGUCUGCUGCAAGUGGCUGAAGGACGGCCGGGAAAUCGAGCUGAUUGCCAGAAUUCGCGUGCAAACAAGAACCGGACCAGAGGGACAUAUCACCCAGGAACUGGUUAUCGACAAUGUGACUCCAGAAGAUGCCGGAAAGUACACGUGCAUUGUGGAGAACACUGCCGGAAAAGACACUUGCGAAGCGUCGCUGACCGUCGUCGAAACCCUCGAGAAGCCAGCAAACAAGGCGCCAGAGUUCAUUGUCGCUCUUCAGGAUAGGACGACGAAGACUUCCGAGAAGGUCGUUCUCGAGUGUAAGGUUGUCGGAGAACCGAAGCCGAAGGUCACUUGGCUCCAUGAUAAUGUGAGUUUCCCUAACUGCAACCAAAUGAAUAUUUUGUUUUUUCAGAAGACCAUCUCGCAAGAGACAAUAACCGUGGAGUCCGUGGAGGGCGUCGAGAGAGUCACGAUCACCUCGACUGAAGUGUCCCACCAAGGAAAGUACUCCUGCAUCGCCGAAAACUCGGAAGGAACCUCGAAGACGGAGGCCUUCCUGACUGUUCAAGGUACGUUCUAUAUCCUCUCCUCGGUUUUCUGUUUCACGCGUGUGCCCACCGCUUGCUCUUUUUGUUGGUCUUCCUCCACCUUGCACCCUCCCGUUUUCCAGGCGAAGCUCCAGUGUUCACCAAGGAGCUACAGAACAAGGAGCUCACAGUCGGAGAGAAGCUCAUCCUCUCGUGUUCCGUCAAAGGAUCUCCUCAACCACACGUCGACUUUUACUCGUUCUCGGAGACGACGAGGACCGAGACGAAGAUCAUUUCGUCCAGUCGCAUUGCUAUUGAGCACGACCAGACGAACACUCACUGGAGAAUGGUGAUCAACCAAGUGACGAGAGAGGAUAUCACCUCAUACAAGGCCGUCGCCACCAACUCGGUCGGCACCGCCACGACCACUUCGAAAGUCACCACGAAGGUGGAGGUGCCGGUGUUCGAGCAGGGACUCAAGAAGACCAGCGUGAAAGAGAAGGAAGAGAUCAAAAUGGAAGUGAAGGUCGGAGGAAGUGCUCCGGAUGUUGAAUGGUUCAAGGAUGACAAGCCAGUCAGCGAGGACGGCAACCAUGAAAUCAAGAAGAAUCCGGAGACUGGGGUCUUUACUCUUGUGGUCAAGCAGGCGGAGACUUCCGACGCUGGAAAGUACACUGCCAAGGCCACCAAUCCGGCCGGAUCCGCGGAAUCGGCUGCAGAAGCCGAAGUGACCAAGGCCCUUGAAAAACCGACAUUCGUGAAAGAGCUCGUGACAACCGAAGUGAAGAUCAACGAGACAGCCACUCUUUCGGUCACGGUCAAGGGAGUUCCGGAGCCGUCUGUCGAAUGGCUCAAGGACGGACAGCCAGUGCAGACCGAUUCAAGCCACGUCAUUGCCAAAGUCGACGGAUCCGGAAGCUAUUCAAUCACCAUCAAGGACGCUAGACUCGAGGACUCUGGAAAGUACGCCUGCAGAGCCACGAACCCAGCUGGAGAGGCUAAGACAGAAGCCAGUUUCGCAGUCGUCAAAGACCUGGUUCCACCGGAAUUCGUCGAGAAACUGUCGCCAUUGGAAGUGAAGGAAAAGGAAACGAUGAGUUUGUCUGUGAAGGUGGUUGGAAAGCCAGAGCCAUCUGUAGAAUGGUUCAAGGAUGACACUCCUAUCAACAUUGACAAUGUGCAUAUCGUCCAAAAGCAGACUGCCGUCGGAAGUUUCACUUUGACCAUCAAUGAUGCCAGACAAGGAGACGUUGGAAUCUACUCUUGCCGUGCUCGUAACGAGGCUGGAGAAGCCCUCACAACUGCCAAUUUCGGACUCAUCAGAACUUCAAUUCCGCCAGAGUUCACUGAAAAACUGAGACCUCUGGAAGUGAGAGAGCAAGAGACUCUUGAUCUGAAAGUUACUGUCAUUGGAACUCCAACUCCGAAGGUCGAGUGGUUCAAGGAUGAUAAGCCGAUCAACAUUGACAACUCGCACAUCUUUGCUAAGGACGACGGAUCAGGACACCACACUCUUACCAUCAAGCAAGCACGAGGUGAAGACAUCGGAGUGUACACGUGCAAAGCGACGAACGAUGCGGGAGAGGCCAAGACGACUGCCAAUAUGGCCGUGCAGGAAGAGAUCGAAGCGCCGCUGUUCGUGCAAGGAUUGAAGCCAUACGAAGUGGAGCAAGGAAAGCCGGCCGAGCUGGAAGUGAGAGUGGAAGGAAAGCCGGAGCCAGAAGUGAAAUGGUUCAAGGACGGAGCUCCAGUUGCCAUUGACAAUGUGCACGUGAUCGAGAAGAAGGGAGAGAAUGGAUCACACACUCUCGUCAUCAAGGACACGAAUACUACCGACUUCGGAAAGUACUCCUGCCAGGCGACCAACAAAGCCGGGAAGGACGAGACUAUCGGUGAACUCAAGGUUCCAAAGUAUUCGUUUGAGAAGCAGGCCGCCGAAGAAGUGAAGCCUCUGUUCAUUGAGCCGCUCAAGGAGACGUUCGCCGCAGAAGGAGACACUGUCGUUCUCGAAUGCAAGGUGAACAAGGAAUCGCAUCCGCAAGUGAAGUUCUUCAAGAACGACGAGCCGGUUGAGAUUGGACAGCACAUGCAAUUGGAAGUUCUCGAGGACGGAAACAUCCGCCUCACCAUCCAGAACGCAAAGAAAGAAGACGUCGGCGCGUACCGUUGCGAGGCGGUCAAUGUGGCUGGAAAGGCUGAUACCAAUGCUGAGCUCAAGCUGAAAUAUGCUGCGAAGGCUGAGGAAACAGUAGCGGAUGAGAGCGGACAACUCGAGGAGAUCGGACAGUUCGAAACCGUCGGAGGUAAGUGCGUUGUUGCAUGUAGUGUAGCACCUAGGAACCUUUCCUUUUCAGUUGAAAAUGUAGUUAGAACUAAGCUAAAACUCUGUCUUCCAGAAACGGCAUCCGCCAAGACUGACACCGGACGUGGAGCUCCUGAGUUUGUGGAACUUCUCCGUUCAGUCACCGUCACCGAAAAGCAACAAGUCGUGUUGAAGUGCAAAGUGAAGGGAGAGCCAAGACCGAAGAUCCGUUGGACGAAGGAACAAAAGGAAGUCGAGAUGUCUGCUCGUGUUCGCGCAGAGCACAAGGAAGACGGAACGCUCACGCUCACCUUCGACAAUGUCACCCAAUCCGACGCUGGUGAAUACCGUUGUGAAGCUGAGAACGAGUACGGAAGCGCCUGGACUGAGGGACCGAUCAUUGUCACUUUGGAGGGCGCUCCGAAGAUUGAUGGAGAGGCUCCAGACUUCUUGCAGCCAGUCAAACCGGCAGUUGUCACUGUUGGAGAGACUGCCGUUCUCGAAGGAAAGAUCUCCGGAAAACCGAAGCCAAAUGUGAAGUGGUACAAGAACGGAGAAGAACUGAAACCGUCCGUCAGAGUCAAGAUCGAGAAUCUGGAGGAUGGAACUCAACGACUCACUCUCACAAACACAGAACUGUCCGACAUGGACGAGUACCGGUGCGAAGCGUCGAACGAAUUUGGAGACGUUUGGAGUGACGUCACGCUCACCGUCAAGGAGCCCGCCCACGUUACUCCUGCAUUCUUCAAGGAACUAUCGGCCAUUCAAGUCAAGGAGACCGAGACUGCCAAGUUCGAGUGCAAGGUCUCUGGAACGAAGCCGGACGUGAAAUGGUUCAAGGAUGGAUCCGAGCUCAAGGAGGACAAGAGAGUUCACUUCGAGUCUACGGAAGACGGAACCCAGAGACUUGUCAUCGAAGAAUCGAAGACUGACGAUCAGGGCAACUACCGCAUCGAGGUAUCCAAUGACGCCGGAGUGGCCAACAGCAAGGCUCCGCUCACUGUCGUUCCUGCUGAGACUCUCAAGAUUAAGAAGGGACUGACCGACGUAUCCGUCACUCAGGGAACCAAGAUCAUUCUGUCCGUCGAAGUGGAAGGAAAACCGAAAACAGUCAAGUGGUACAAGGGAUCCGAGACUGUUUUGAGCAAGCAGAAAACCAAAAUUACUCAAGUCACCGAGUCGGAGUAUAAGCUCGAGAUCGAAAGCGGAGAGCUCUCCGACACUGGAUCUUACCGUGUCGUUCUCUCGACCGAAUCCCUUUCUGUCGAGUCUUCCGCCACUGUCACCGUCACCAAGGCCGCCGAGAAAGAUAGCCUUCCAUCGUUCAAGAAGGGAUUGGCCGAUCAGUCGGUUCCGAAAGGAACAGCUUUGGUUCUGGAUGUCGAGAUCGAAGGAAAGCCGAAGAAUGUGAAGUGGUACAAGAACGGAGACGAGAUCAAGGACAAGAAGGCCAAGAUCGAAGACCUUGGAAACGGAAAGUACAGACUGACGAUCCCAGAUUUCGAUGAGAAGGACGUCGGAGAGUACAGUGUGACUGCUGCUAAUGAGGCUGGAGAGAUCGAGUCGAAGGCCAAGGUUGAUGUGAGCGCCAAGCCGGAGAUUGUUUCUGGAUUGGUGCCAACGACAGUCAAGCAAGGAGAAACUGCCACGUUCAACGUGAAGGUGAAGGGUCCAGUGAAGCAAGUCAAAUGGUACAAGAACGGAAAGGAAAUCCCCGACGCCAAAGCCAAGGACAAUGGUGACGGAUCCUACUCUCUGGAAAUUCCGAAUGCCCAAGUCGAUGACGGAGCAGACUACAAGGUAGUCGUUUCGAAUGAUGCAGGAGAUGCUGACUCUUCGGCUGCUCUCAAUGUCAAACCGACGGACGACGGAAAGGAUAAGGUGAAGCCGGAGAUUGUCUCCGGACUUGUUCCGACCACUGUCAAGCAAGGAGAGACCGCCACGUUCAACGUGAAGGUGAAGGGUCCAGUGAAGCAAGUGAAAUGGUACAAGAACGGAAAGGAAAUCCCCGACGCCAAGGCCAAGGACAACGGAGAUGGAUCGUAUUCCCUCGAAAUUCCGAAUGCUCAGUUGGACGACACCGCCGACUACAAGGUCGUCGUUUCGAAUGAUGCAGGAGAUGCUGACUCUUCGGCUGCUCUCAAUGUCAAACCGACGGACGACGGAAAGGAUAAGGUGAAGCCGGAGAUUGUCUCCGGACUUGUUCCGACCACUGUCAAGCAAGGAGAGACCGCCACGUUCAACGUGAAGGUGAAGGGUCCAGUGAAGCAAGUGAAAUGGUACAAGAACGGAAAGGAAAUCCCCGACGCCAAAGCCAAGGACAAUGGCGACGGAUCCUACUCUCUGGAAAUUCCGAAUGCUCAGUUGGACGACACCGCGGACUACAAGGUCGUCCUUUCGAACGAUGCCGGAGACGCCGAUUCGUCGGCUGCUCUCACCGUCAAACUUCCUGGAAUCGCUAUCGUUAAAGGACUGGAAGACACCGAAGUGCCGAAAGGCAAGAAGGCCGUUCUUCAGGUUGAGACGAACAAGAAACCGAAGGAAGUGAAGUGGUACAAAAACGGAAAGGAGAUCAAGCCGGAAGACACGGCACAGCCGGGAAGCGACGGAGACACGAAGCCGCAGCUGGUGAUUCCAGACGCCGGAGACGAAGACGCCGCUGAUUACAAGGUUGUGAUCACAGAUGAAGAUGGAAACACAGCCGAUUCAUUCUGUGCUUUGACUGUAAAACUGCCAGCUAAGGAGCCGAAGAUCGUUAAGGGAUUGGAAGACCAAACCGUCCCAGUUGGAGCACCGAUCAAGUUGCAUAUUGAAACUUCCGGAUCUCCGACAACUGUCAAGUGGUAUAGGAACGGAAAGGAACUUUCUGGUGCCGCCGCGAAGAGCAUCAAGAUUCAGAAGAUCGACGAUAACAAUUACGUGCUCGAGAUCCCAGCCAGCGCUGUCGAGGACACUGGAGACUACAAAGUCGAGGUGGCCAACGAGGCUGGAUCGGCCAACAGCAGCGGAAAGAUCACUGUUGAGCCGAAGAUCACGUUCUUGAAGCCACUGAAGGAUCAGACGAUUACCGAGGGAGAGAAUGCCGAGUUUGCCGUCGAGACGAACACGAAACCAAGAACUGUGAAGUGGUACAAGAACGGACAAGAGAUCAAACCGGAUGCCAGAUUCGUCAUCGAACAGAAGACUGAUACCAAGUACCAGUUGGUCAUCAAGAACGCCGUCCGUGACGAUGCCGCCACUUACAAGGUUGUUCUGGAUAACACUGCCGGAGAGGUCGAGUCUUCUGCCAAGUUGACCGUGAAGAAGGCCAAGGCUGGACUGUGCAGAAUCGUGAAAGGAUUGGAAGAUCAAGUCGUCGCCAAGGGAGCCAAGAUGGUGUUCGAAGUGAAAAUUCAGGGAGACCCAGAAGACGUGAGAUGGCUCAGAGACGGCAACGUCAUCAGUGCUGGAGCGAACGGAAUCAUCGAGAAGAUUGACGACACCACCUACAGACUGACCAUUCCAUCUGCCGACUUGAAGGAUGCCGGAGAGUACACCGUCGAAGUUAUCAAUGAGAGCGGGAAGGCAAAGAGCGAUGCGAAGGGAGAGGUCGACGAGAAGCCGGAGAUCGUUCGCGGACUCGAGGGCAUUGAGAUUCCCGAAGGAGACGAUGACGUCUUCAAAGUGGAAGUCAGUGCUCCAGUCAGACAAGUCAAGUGGUACAAGAACGGACAGGAGAUCAAGCCGAACAGUCACUUGGAGGCCAAGAAGAUCGGACCGAAGAAGUACGAACUGGCGAUCAAUCGGGCUCAAUUAGACGAUGGAGCCGACUACAAGGUUGUUCUGUCCAACGCUGCUGGAGAAUGCGAUUCUUCUGCUGCGCUCACAGUCGUCAAGCCGAACAUCCUGAAGAUCGUCGAAGGACUGAAGGACGUCGAUGUGGAAGAACCGCAGCCGGUCGCCCUCAAGGUCAAGCUGGAGGGCAUCCCGAAGGUCGUGAAGUGGUACAAGAAUGGUCAAGAGCUGAAGCCAGAUACCGACGGGUUCAAGAUCGAGGAGAAGCCAGAGUCUGGAGAGUUCUCUCUUUUGAUUCCGAGCUCCAAAAAAUCCGACGGAGGAGCUUACCGAGUGGUUCUUGGAAACGAUAAGGGAGAGGUCUACAGCGGAUCGGUGGUUCAUGUGAAGGCCGCCAAACCAGCUGAGGCCACUUCCGGAGCAAACUUCCUGUCGCCAUUGAAGGACACCGAGGUGACGGAAGGAGACAUGCUCACUCUUCAGUGCACUGUCGCCGGAGAGCCAUUCCCCGAAAUAAUCUGGGAGAAGGACGGAGUUGUGCUCCAGAAGGACGACCGAAUCACGAUGAGAGUGGCACUUGAUGGAACCGCCACUUUGCGAAUCCGAUCUGCGAAGAAGAGUGACAUCGGCCAGUACAAGGUCACAGCUAAGAACGCGGCCGGAAGUGCCACAAGUGAGUGCAAAGUGGCAGUCAAGGACCAAGGAGAACAGCCGUCGAAGCCCAAGUUUGUGAUUCCACUGAAGACCGGAGCCGCUCUGCCAGGAGAUAAGAAAGAGUUCAACGUGAAAGUCCGCGGACUGCCGAAGCCGACUUUGCAGUGGUUCUUGAAUGAAAUCCCACUUGUGUUCGACGACAGGGUCACUCUGGAGGACAUGGCAGAUGGCAACUACUAUCUUACGAUCCGUGACGUCAGAGAGGAAGACUUUGGAACUCUGAAGUGCAUCGCCAAGAACGAGAAUGGAGGUGAUGAGACUGUUUGCGAGUUCGAGAAGGGAAUUGACCACGACGGAGGAAAGAGAGACGAUCUCAGAUACCCGCCACGAUUCAACGUUCCCCUCUGGGACAGACGUAUUCCGGUUGGAGAUCCGAUGUUCAUCGAAUGCCACGUCGAUGCCAACCCAACUGCCGAAAUCGAAUGGUUCAAGGAUGGCAAGAAGAUCGAGCAUUCCGCCCACUUGGAGAUCAGAAACACCGUGGAUGGAGCGUGUCGAAUCAAGAUUGUUCCAUUCGAGAAGGACGACUGCGGAGUCUACGUUUGUGUGGCGGUCAAUGAGCUCGGACAGGCUGAGACUCAAGCUACCUACCAAGUGGAAGUGGUCGAGCACGUCGAGGAGGAAAAGAAGAAGGAGUACGCUCCGAGAAUCAAUCCUCCACUAGAGGACAAGACUGUGAACGGAGGACAACCAAUUCGCCUUUCCUGCAAAGUCGAUGCAAUCCCAAGAGCAUCGGUUGUCUGGUACAAGGACGGACUUCCGAUCCGCGCCGACUCUAGAAUCUCCGUUCAAUACGAUGACGACGGCACAGCCACUCUUGCCAUCAACGAAAGCACUGAGGCCGACAUCGGAGCUUACCGAUGCGUGGCCACCAACGCCCACGGAACCAUCAACACGAGCUGCAGUGUCAACGUGAAAGUGCCGAAGCUGGAGGUCAAGAAGGAAGGAGAAGAGCCCUUCUUCACCAAAGGACUCGUCGAUUUGUGGGCCGAUCGGGGCGACUCGUUCACGCUCAAAUGCGCCGUUACCGGAGAUCCGUUCCCGGAAAUCAAGUGGUACAGAAACGGACAACUUGUCAGAAAUGGACCAAGAACAAUUCUGGAAACGAGUCCGGAUGGAACUUGCUUAUUGACAGUUAAAGAAUCGACGAUGAGCGACGAAGGAAUUUACCGGUGUGAAGCUGAGAACGCUCACGGAAAGGCCAAGACGCAGGCGACAGCUCACGUCCAAAUGGCUCUCGGUAAGACCGAGAAGCCGAAGGUGGACGAGGGAAAACCGCCAAAGUUCAUUCUGGAGCUCACCGAUAUGACUGUUUCCAUCGGAAGUGUCAUCGAUCUUGAGUGCAAGGUGACCGGAAUCCCGAACCCGUCCGUCAAAUGGUCGAAGGACGGAGGUCCACUGAUCGAAGAUUCGAGAUUUGAAUGGUCAAACGAGGAGAGCCGAGGAGUCUAUCAACUGAGAAUAAAGAAGGCAACCGUGCACGACGAGGGAACCUACCGAUGCGUCGCCACGAACGAGAACGGAAGUGCCACCACCAAGUCGUUCGUCCGAAUCGACGACGGACUCGGAUCGGGAGCAGUUAGUGCCAGCCAGCCACCAAGAUUCACUCUCAAGAUGGGAGACGUCAGAACGACCGAAGGACAGCCACUGAAGCUGGAGUGCAAGGUCGACGCCAGCCCUCUUCCAGAGAUGACCUGGUACAAAGACGGAGCCAUCGUCACUCCAUCCGACAGAAUCCAAAUCAGUCUGUCACCAGAUGGAGUCGCCACCCUGCUCAUUCCUUCCUGCGUCUACGAUGACGACGGAAUCUACCGUGUCAUUGCCACCAAUCCAUCCGGAACUGCCCAGGAUAAGGGGACCGCGACUGUCAAGAAACUUCCGAGAGACAGUGGAGCGAGAAGAUCUGCCGAAAGAGGAGACGUCUUCGAUGCGAACAAGUCACCGAAACUCAUCGAACCACUGGAGAACGUCAGAGUAAGUAAUGGGAAAAUGGGAAUAGAACUCAAUCUGUCAUUUUCAGAUCCCAGAGAAGCAAGGCUUCCGUCUCCGCUGCAAGUUCAGUGGUGAGCCAAAACUGUCGAUCAAGUGGUUCAAGGACGGAGAGCGCGUCUUCCCGUACGGACGUCUCCAGCUCAUCGAGUCUCCUGACGGCGUCUGCGAGCUCGUCAUUGAGUCUUCAAUCCGCCAGGAUGCUGGAGGAUACAGAUGCGUGGCUGAGAACACCUACGGAUCGGCCAGAACUUCCUGCGAUGUUAACGUCAUUCGUAAGUUUCACAGCACUCAAUCUCCCUUAUCUCAUAAAUGUUUUCAGGUGGAGAUCGCAAGCCACGCGACAUUGACUCUUCGAUCCGCGAAGGAAAGGCUCCAGGAUUCACGACUCCGUUGACAAUCCGUCGCGCGAAGCCAGGAGAAUCUGUCACUUUCGAAUGCCUUCCGUUCGGAAACCCAUUCCCAUCAAUCAAAUGGCUCAAGGAUGGAUUGGAGCUGUUUGCUGAUGACAAGAUCAAGAUGGAGUCGGCUGCCGACGGAACUCAACGCCUCAUCCUCUCCGACGUCACCUUCCUCAGCGAGGGAUACUUCAGAUGCGUGGCCACCAACGAGCACGGAACUGCCUCCACCAAGGCCGAGCUUGUGAUUGAAGGUGGGAACACUGUUUUAUUAGAACGAGAUCAAAACAAAUGA